AUGAGCAGCUCAAUUCAUCAGCCCGAGACUUCGGUACACAUACCAACAAAGCGCAAGCUUGUGGCCCUUCGUCGCAUCACUUCGCUCAAACCCAUCAAGCGCAGUCGUUGGGAAGUAGCGAUCGUGGGGGGCUGGAACAUAGUCGUGACCAAGGGCGAACACAGCGUUGGUGAGCUAGUGGUCUACAUCGAGAUCGAUAGCUUUCUACCCAUGUCAGACGAGCGCUUCUGGGAAUACACUGGCCCACAUGCCAAUCACCACUACGAGGGAGAGCGAGGCUAUGUCGUUCGCACACUUAUGCGUCUCGGCCAUAUCUCGCAGGGUCUCAUAUUUCCUCUCAACGCCUUCCCAGAAAUCAACGUUGAGAAGAGGGAAGAGCUCAAGGGCGACCUCGUUGGCAGCCCCGGACGUGUGGAAGGAGCUAUGAUGGAGCUUGAUUACUCUGAAAUGCUUGGAGUGAAGAAAUUCGAGCCGCAGUACUUUGAGGAGGAAGGCGCCCCAAGCUACGGCCCACCUCCCAUAAUCUUUCCACAACCCGGCUGCGAGCGCGCACAAAACGUUGUCAACCUAUUCCAUCAUUAUUCAGAUAUAGAGUUUUUGAUCACUGAGAAGCUGGAUGGUGUUCCAAUCACGGUCUACAGCGUGGAAAACAGAUCACAAUGGUACAAAGCACUUCCUCGUAAACAGGGCAGCGCAGAUUCGCCAAGGCCGCGUUUUGGAGUUUGUGGAAGAUGGACCGAUCACAUUGAGGAGGAAGAAUCCCUCUUUUGGAAAACCGUGAGGCGGCAGGGCAUCAUUGAGAAAAUACCACAGAUUGGGAUGCAGUGCACCGCAGCGGGUCGAAAGAAAGGCGGCAACAACUUCGCAAUCCAAGGCGAAUUCUGUGGCGAAACCAUCCUGGGCAACAGCAUGGGAUUCGAGGCUGGCCAACAUCACUUCUACGCCUUCGCCAUCUACGACAUCGACAACCAGAAGUGGCUUCCGCCGGACCGUGCUUUGAGUGUAUGCAGGAAGCUGAAUAUUGAUCACGCUCCUAUAAUUGCUCGAGUCAAACUGAAUGAAUUCGCCAAUAACAUGGAAGAAUUGCUUCAAAAAGCUGAGGGCAGAGGUAUAUUGGGAAACAAUAGGGAGGGCUUGAUGUUCAGAACCUUGGACAACGCGUUCGCUUUCAAAGCCAUUGCGAAUAAUUGGCUGCUUGAGUAUAGCCACUAUAAAACCACGCCGGAUCAGUGGUAA